AUAGGUUAUGUCGGAGAGAGACAGGAGUGAUUAUUAGGGUUGAUGUUUCAAUGCAAGGAAUUCGUUUGUGUUUAGAUUCAUAGGUUUCUUCAGUACUGAAUUGUACUAUGUCUGCUAUCGAUGGACCGAUUCCCCCUGCAGAAGACCAAGCAGUAAAGCAGAGGAGUUCUCAACAGCGGCAGCCGGAGCCAGGGGAGCCAGUUUGCGUUGUCUGUUGUCGAUAUGGUGAAUACAUCUGCGAUGCUACCGAUGAUGAUAUAUGUAGUUUAGAAUGUAAAGCUGCAAUUCUAGCUGAAAUCAAUUCUACUCCGCAAGCUGCGUGUGAUGCUCCUAAACCAGAGAGGAAGGUGGUGCAUCUGUCAACGGAAGGAUUGCAAGAUGAGUGCAUAGUGGUUACAGAUAAGGGGAAUAAAUUACCUGAAUGGGCACCGGACGAAUCCGUUUCAAGAUUGUCAAAGGAGCAAGUUAAUGCCCUACUCCAGGGAAUUGAGGUAUCUGUAAAAGGCGAAGAUGCCCCUCGACCUAUCUUGCAGUUUGCGGACUGCAAAUUUUUACCAAAACUGCAGGGAAAUCUUGAAGCUGCAGGGUAUGAAACCCCCACACCAGUUCAAAUGCAAACUAUUCCUGCGGCUCUCAAAGGACGUGAUGUUUUGGUGUCAGCAGAGACGGGCUCUGGGAAGACUGCUUCGUUUUUGCUUCCUAUAAUCAUGCGGUGUUGCCUAAUACGCAUCCAUGGAUUAUCAGAGCGAGAGAAACCCCUAGCCAUGGUGUUGGCGCCUACGCGAGAGCUCUGUGCCCAAGUGGAGGAGCAGGCGAAGGUGUUAGCCAAAGGUUUACCGUUUAAGACAGCUCUGGUCGUAGGUGGCGAUGCAAUGCCCCAACAGGUGCACCGCAUUAAGCAGGGUGUGGAAUUGAUCAUCGGCACCCCAGGACGACUCAUUGAUCUCCUUUCAAAGCAUGAUGAUCUGACUUUGCAGGGUGUGUGCAUUUUAGCACUUGAUGAGGUGGACUGUUUGCUGGAAAGCGGCUUUCGAGAUCAAGUAUUGCAGUUAGUCCAAGCCCUGGCGAUGCCGCAGAUUCUAAUGUAUUCAGCAACAAUUUUACCCGCCAUUGAGAGGUUUUCCUCGUCGCUGUUGAAAAACCCUCUAAUAAUAUCGGUGGGAACUCCAAGGCAGCCCAACCGAGCUGUGCAUCAAAUAAUAUUAUGGGUGGAAACCAAGAACAAGAAGAAAAAGCUCUUCGAGAUUCUGAAGAGUCGAGUGCAUUACCGACCUCCAGUGGUGGUCUUUGUAAACUCAAGAAUGGGGUCUGAUCUUCUAGCUGAGGCCAUACGGACUGUAACUGGCAUACAAGCCAGGUCAUUACACGGGGAGAAGUCUAUCAAGGACCGUCGGGAAACAUUGAAAAACUUUCUUAUGGGCGAAAUACCAGUGAUUGUGGCUACAGGAGUGUUGGGACGGGGCUUGGAUCUGUUAAGGGUCACACAAGUGAUAAUAUUUGACUUUCCAUCCUCGAUUGAGGAGUACAUUCACAUGAUCGGAAGGGCUUCACGGCUUAGUAAUGCAGGUUCUGCAAUGGUAUUUGUUAACGAUGAGAGUAAAGCUUUGUUUAAGGAGCUUGUUGCACUCCUGAAAGCCUCAAGGACUGUGGUCCCUCGCGAGCUACUGAAUUCGCCGUAUUUGCUCUCUACCUACGCGCUUGCUUACAACAGAAAGAAGAAACGAAGAAGAAAAGAUGUUGACUCGGAUAGUGACUGAACAACACGUCUUGCUAAAGAUUCUUGUCGAUGAUUUUUUACCGAAGGUACAUGAAAUUCGUGUGCUCAAUGGGUCUUGCUUCAAGAUCAAUUGUACAGUUCCAUACUCGUAAUCAAGGGUAAUUUUCCAGCUAUUUCAAACUAUUUAAGCGCUGACGAGCUAUCGAAACCCUUCAACAAGAGUAUUCAGGAGCUAUGACUAAUCCAUCUACAAAAGCAGUAAGACUUUCAAUUAAAAGCCCACAUAGAUCUAGACUACUGUCAAUUGCAGACAGAUUCUCGAUUUUAUCUUGUUCACUUGCAAACAGAAUAUUGGAAUGCCAAGUGAUACUCUACUGUGUUACAGCAUGCUAUGUGUGACCUGCGGGCACGUCCGCAUUUUUAUAAAUAGAUCAACUCCCAUUGAGCACUCUGUAAGUGAGAAGUGCUUUACAUUGA